AAACUUGAAGUCGUACUUCAGUCUGGAAUUUAAUUUCAAGGUAAAAAUAUUACUUGUAAACUAUCAGAAUUUUUCAAAAAAUAAGAGGAUGAAGAUCGCAAUAAUUUUGGUCUUGACUGUAGCACUAUUGGCUCAGGAAACAUUAGCCAGGAAAGGCAAAGGGGGAAAGGGCAAGGACAGUAGCACUGGGAAUGGCAGUAGCACUAUAAGACCUAGCGGCCAAGGUCAAAAUGGUCAACAGGGCGGCCAAGGUCAAAAUGGUCAACAGGGCGGCCAAGGUCAAAAUGGUCAACAGGGCGGCCAAGGUCAAAAUGGUCAACAGGGCGGCCAAGGUCAAAAUGGUCAACAGGGCGGCCAAGGUCAAAAUGGUCAACAGGGCGGCCAAGGUCAAAAUGGUCAACAGGGCGGCCAAGGUCAAAGUGGUCAACAGGGCGGCCAAGGUCAAAAUGGUCAACAGGGCGGCCAAGGUCAAAGUGGUCAACAGGGCGGCCAAGGUCAAAGUGGUCAACAGGGCGGUUGGCGGACAACAGCCCGGGCAACAACUAUUUCUUCAAGGCAAACUUCUCCCAUGCCGGCUGCGGGGAAAUAGACAUAUCUAUUGUACUUAUGUAAGAAUGUCAUGAAAUAAAUUACUACUCAUUGCCA